GAUCGAAUUAGUCUUAUUAACACGCGUAGAUUAUUGGUUUCUCUAGGAAAAUUCCAGAAUAUGACGAUGCUAAGCCGUGUUAGUUAUACAAUGCCAAAAGACGCAGUCUCAGCUGAUGUGUUUUUCGCCUCGAGCCGAUUUCCAAAUUACAAAAUCGGGGCUAACAAUCAAAUUGUGGAGGUCAAAGAGGACUCGAAAAUGUCAACCAUGAAGGAUAUGGUUGCAAAAGAAACUGCCCUAUUGCUCGAGCAGCAGAAACGCCUUUCUGUUCGAGAUCUCGCUAGCAAAUUCGAAAAGGGCUUGGCUGCUGCUGUUAAGUUAUCCGACGAGGCGAGACUUAAAGAGGCAGCUUCGUUGGAAAAACACGUGCUUUUAAAGAAUCUCAGAGAUGCUCUUGAUGCUCUGAGAGGGCGUGUAGCUGGCAAAAACAAAGAAGACGUGGAAGAAGCUAUAACUAUGGUCGAAGCUUUAGCGGUUCAAUUAACUCAGAGGGAAGGUGAGCUAAUUCAAGAGAAGGCUGAAGUGAAAAAGCUUGCGUCUUUCUUGAAACAGGCUUCGGAAGAUGCUAAGAGACUUGUGGAUGAAGAAAGAGCUUUCGCACGUGAUGAAAUCGAAAACGCGAGAGCUGCAGUGCAGAGAGUGGAAGAGGCUCUUCAAGAACACGAGCGAAUGUCGCUGUCUUCCGUAAAUCAGGAUGUGGAAGAAUUGAUGAAGGAGGUUCAAGAGGCUAGACGAAUCAAAAUGCUGCAUCAGCCUAGUAGGGUAAUGGAUAUGGAACACGAGCUCCAAGCGUUAAGGACUCAACUCGCCGAAAAGUCAAAGCAUUCGCUACAGCUCCAGAAGGAGCUGGCAAUAACCAAGAAAGGCGAUAAAAACGCACCCCAGUUGUACGACAUAGACGGCCCCGAGUCAUUAGGUUCGUAUUUACGGAUAUAUCCAUGUUCAGAUAGUGCUCCGGAACUUUCCGGAUGUACGAUCCAGUGGUACCGUUCGACAUCCGAGGAUGACAAGAAGGAGCUUAUAUCAGGGGCCACGAAAUCCAUAUACGCACCCGAGCCGUUUGAUGUUGGACGAAUACUGCAAGCUGAAAUAUUGGCCGUUGAUCAGAUUAUAACUCUAACCACCUCUGGACCUAUUGAUCCCGCUGCUGGAUUGGGGAACUAUGUAGAAGCAUUAGUCCGACGGCACGAGACUGAGUUCAACGUAGUUAUAAUCCAAAUGAACGGAACAGAUCACGCAUCACAGUCUAUACACGUACUGCAUAUAGGGAAGAUGAGAAUUAAGCUUUGCCGAGGCAACGCAACAAUGGCAAAGGAAUACUACUCCCAUUCGAUGCAGAUUUGUGGAGUAAGAGGCGGUGGGAAUGCUGCAGCACAGGCAGUAUACUGGCAGCCAAAAGUCGGGAUUUCUUUCGUACUAGCGUUUGAAUCAGAGCGAGAAAGAAACGCAGCUAUUAUGCUCGCAAGAAGAUUUGCAUUCGACUGUAAUAUUAUGCUCGCUGGACCCGAUGACAGAUCAUCUACUGGAUCUUGAUUGUGCUGUGAGAUUGAUCGAUAGUUGCUGAUUGAUUUUACUUUUUUUUUUUUUUCGGUUUUCGGUUUUGGUCAGUUGCUAGGCCUUUUUUCAGUUGCCUUGAUCUGAUUUUUAUUUUAUUUUAUUUUAUUUUUAAUAGUCUGAUUAUAAAAUAUUGAUGUUGGAAGAGAAAAUCUGAUUGUGACAAGUCUUUUGCAAGUGUUUGUGAAUCUUUUUAUGUAAUCAUACAUACCUACAAUGUACAUACUAACCAAGUUUUGUGCUUUGUUUUGUUGCUAAAAUCGUCACUGAUUUA